UGUCAACAGACAGUGAGACCCAGGCCUCGCCAUGGUGUCUGGGCCCCGCCGGCUGGCCGCCCUCUGCUCGCUGCUCGGCCUGCAGGCGUGUCUGGCUGCAGAUGGGGACCAGUGCGCCUCGAAUCCGUGCCAGAACGGGGGCUCCUGCGAGGACCAGCUCCAGUCCUACAUCUGCUUCUGCCCGGACGGUUUCCAGGGCCGGAACUGUGAGACAAACAAGAAGGACCAGCUGAUCUGUAUGAACGAGAACGGAGGCUGUGAGCAGUACUGCAGCGACCACGCGGAGACCGGCCGCUCCUGCCGCUGCCACGAGGGUUACGCGCUCCGAGACGACGGGGUGUCCUGCACGCCCACAGUGGAAUAUCCGUGCGGGAGGGUGCCCGUUCUGGAAAAGAGAAAUGGCAGCGACUCCCGAGGCCGAAUUGUGGGUGGCAAGGUGUGCCCCAAGGGAGAGUGUCCGUGGCAGGCUGCACUAAAGCUGGACGGCGUGCUGAUAUGCGGGGGCACCCUGCUCCACGCUGCCUGGGUGGUCUCCGCGGCCCACUGCUUCGACAAGAUUGGCAACUGGGAGAACCUGACGGUCGUCCUGGGCGAGCACGACCUCCGAGAGCAGGAAGGUGAGGAGCAGGAGCGGCACGUUGCCCGGGUCAUCGUCCCCGACCGGUACAUCCCCCGCAAGACGAACCACGACAUCGCCCUGCUGCGCCUGCGGACGCCGGUGACCUUCACCGACCACGUGGCGCCGCUGUGUCUGCCCGAGAAGGCCUUCUCCGAGAGGACGCUGGCCUUCAUCCGCUUCUCCACCGUCAGCGGCUGGGGCCAGCUGCUGGACAAGGGCAUCACGGCCCCGCAGCUCAUGGCCAUCGACGUGCCCCGGCUCAUGACCCAGGACUGCCAGGAGCAGGCCCGCAGGAAAGCGGGCUCUCCGGCCGUCACCGAGAACAUGUUCUGCGCCGGCUACCUGGACGGGAGCAAGGACGCCUGCAAGGGGGACAGCGGCGGCCCGCAUGCCACCAAGUUCCGGGGCACCUGGUACCUGACGGGGGUGGUCAGCUGGGGGGAGGGCUGUGCGGCCGAGGGCCACGUCGGGGUGUACACCAGGGUCUCUCAGUACGCAGAGUGGCUGCGCCGGCUCAUGCGCUCGAGCCCGACCUCGGGAGGCCUCCUCCGCGCCCCGCUGCCCUAGCCUCCGCGCGGGGCCGCCCAAUAAAGCUGCCGCCUGUCCCUGCUCGCA